GCAACUCCUUUCCCCUCUCUGCUCCUGCUGCUCUGUUCGUCGUCCCGGCCGGCGUGGUUCGACCUGUCUACUCCACCCGCCCGCUCUAGUGGAGUGACCGUACGUACAGUUCAAGAAAUUGCAGCAUCACCGGGGAUGAUGUCAGUGUUGUGUGUCAAGGUUGUAGGUGCUUGUGACCUCGACCAAUCGGAUAUCAAUAGUUACCUAAGUCCCUAUGUUGUGCUGGCCUUUGACGGUCAGCAGUUCCGGACAACUGCCAAGAAGAGUGAUGUGAACCCAGUGUGGAACGAGCACUUCUACUUCAACGUCUUCGAUCCAACCUAUCUUCCCAAGCUUUUCCUUGAAGCAUCUGUACACUUUGCGACCACAAGGAUUUCCGCCCACACCAUUAGCCGCACCGUCAGCAUUCCUGGGACCUCGUUCAGCCGCCUUCCAGAUUCCGUUAUCGAGGGAUAUCCUAUAAAGAAAACAGUGUUGUCCUCAUAUCCGAGAGCCGAGCCGGUACCGUCGCUAUUUUCGAGAGGGGAAGUAUUGCGUAUGAAAGUAUAUGUUGCUGAUGAUGCCUCCAUCCGAGCUUCACACCCUCUUCUGGGAAUGGAUAGGGUAAUAUCCUCUCUGGACUUUCAUGUUUCAAAUAACCAUGAAAGGCAGCCAAAUGAUCUGAGUUCAAGGCCAUACUAUGUACCAUUGCAAUGUUUGAAAGAUAUCACAGAUAACUUCUCCGAUAAGAGAAUAAUUGGACAAGGUGGUUUUGGUGCCGUAUAUAAGGGAGUGCUGGAAAAUGGUGAAAUGAUUGCUGUGAAGAAGAUUGUAUUACAACCCAAUAGUGAGUUACGACAACACGCGGAAAUGCAGUUUGAGAAGGAGGUUUGUCAUCUUAUGACGGUUAAGCACCCCAAUAUAGUGCAAUGUGUAGGCUACUGCUAUGAAAUACAGAAAGAGGUUGCACCAUACAACAAUGGGAAAAAGGUCUUUGUAGAGAAGCCGGAAAUGCUACUUUGCUUAGAGUAUCUCCCCACCGGAAGCCUUAAUGAGUAUCUAUCUGAUGAAUCUUCUGGACUUAAUUGGAGCACACGCUACAAAAUAAUCAAAGGGAUUUGCUAUGGUUUAUGUCACCUUCACGGGCAAAAGGUCCCCAUUAUUCACUUGGACCUUAAACCGGCAAACAUAUUGCUCAGCGACGCCAUGAUAGCAAAAAUUGCAGACUUCGGUCUGUCAAGGUUGCUUGAACAAUCGGGCACUAUUAGAACGUCAUCUCGUCUUGGAACACGUGGUUACAUGCCACCAGAGUUCUUUGAGGAAAGUGCUGCAGCAUUGUCGAUCAAGUCGGACAUAUUUAGCUUGGGCGUAAUAAUCAUCGAGAUAAUAACGGGACGUAAAUACCCCAGUGAUGUUACUAAACCAUCGUCUUCAAAUGAAUUUGUCAAGGUUCUCUGCAACUGGGAAAAUAGGUUGAGAAGAUCACAGAGUAAUGGAAACCUAGAUAUAAAUUGCCAAGAAGAAAUAAAAAGAUGCAUUCGGAUAGGCCUAAAAUGUCUGAACCCUGACCGCAAUCUAAGGCCUGCAAUAAGGAACAUUAUCAGGAUGCUUCAAGGAACAGAAAGUAUUGAUUGCGGCAUUAGCAACCGUGCAAGAUCAUCGGCAGGCUAGGCAUGCACCGGGACCGACCGCGAGACCCCGCCUCUCCGACCUCAUCCACUGUCGAGAUAUAGGUAGGGCCCUCAUCAACAGCUCCGGUGUAGGUAGAGGGCUGAAGAUUUGCUCAAUUUGUUUACGUUGUUGUAACUUGCAAUUGGCCUGCAACUAUUCGUCACCCAACCUGUGGGAUCGACCUUUUGCCUCUGAUGGCGUAUCAUCUGUUAAGCUUGAACAUGAAUAUGA